CGGGCUCGGCGCGCCUCCAUGCAGUUGCUCCCGGCCCGCUCACUCGGCCUCGCCACUCGCUCGGACGCGCCCCGUCGGUGCCCCGCGUCGACUCCGGCCGUCCUUCCGGUCGCCGGCAGUCCCGCUGAGACAUGAUGUUCACGUCCAAAUCCAACUCGGUGUCACCGUCGCCAUCCCUCGAGCAGGCCGACUCGGACGCACUGGACAUCAGCACCAAAGUGCAGCUUUACGGGGUGCUGUGGAAGCGGCCCUUCGGGAGGCCGUCGGCCAAAUGGUCCCGGCGGUUUUUCAUCAUCAAAGAGAGCUUUCUGCUUUAUUACUCUGAGAGCGAGAGAAAGAGCUUUGAAUCUAAUAAGUACUUCAAUAUACAUCCCAAGGGGGUCAUCCCUCUGGGGGGCUGCCUGGUGGAGGCCAAGGAAGAGCCCAGUAUGCCCUAUGCCAUGAAGAUCUCACACCAGGACUUUCAUGGAAACAUCUUGCUGGCUGCCGAGUCCGAGUUUGAGCAGACGCAGUGGCUGGAGAUGCUGCAGGAGUCUGGGAAAGUGACUUGGAAAAAUGCCCAGCUGGGAGAAGCCAUGAUCAAAAGCCUGGAGGCCCAGGGGCUGCAGUUGGCUAAGGAAAAGCAGGAAUACUUAGACAAACUGAUGGAAGAGACAGAAGAACUCUGCCUACAGAGGGAGCAGAGAGAGGAGCUCGAGCGCCUGAACCAGGUGCUGGAGGCUGAGAAGCAGCAGUUUGAGGAGGUGGUGCAGGAGCUGAGAGUGGAGCAGGAGCAGAUCAAGAGGGAGCUGGAACUCACCGCCAGAUGCCUCAAGGGUGUGGAACAAGAGAAAAAGGAGCUGAGGCACCUCACAGAGUCCUUGCAGCAGACGCUGGAGGAACUCUCCAUAGAGAAGAAGAAAACCCUUGAAAUGCUAGAGGAGGACAAGAGCCAGUCACAGUCACAGGCCAGUCAGAGUGAGCAGCCACCUGCCAGUGGGGGUCUCCAUAGCAACCUAAGGCAGAUCGAGGAGCGGAUGCAGCAGCUAUUGGCAGAGAAGCUCCUUGCGGAGAAGCGGAUGAAGGAGAAUGAGGAGCGCUCACGGGCCCUGGAGGAGGAGCGCGAGUUCUACUCCAGCCAGUCCCAGGCGCUGCAGAACUCACUGCAGGAGCUGACGGCAGAGAAGCAGCAGGCUGAGCGGGAGCUCAAGGCUGAGGUCAAGGUCCGCAUGGACCUGGAGCGGCGUCUGCGGGAGGCUGAGGGGGCCUUGAGGAGCCUGGAACAAGGGCUCAACUCUAAGGUGCGGAACAAGGAGAAAGAAGAGAGAAUGCGGGCUGAUGUGAGCCAUCUGAAAAGGUUCUUUGAGGAGUGUAUCCGGAAUGCAGAGCUGGAGGCCAAGAUGCCUGUGAUCAUGAAGAAUUCCGUGUACAUCCAUAAGGCUGCCACUCGCCGCAUCAAGAGCUGCCGCUUCCACCGGCGCCGCUCCAGCACCUCCUGGAAUGACAUGAAGCCAUCUCAGUCCUUCAUGACCUCCCAACUGGAAGCCAACAACAUCGAAGAGCUGAAGGAGGUGGCCAAGAGGCUCAGCCGGGACCAGCGCUUCCGAGAGUCCAUCUAUCACAUCAUGGCCACCCAGCCUGGAGCAUCCUCUGCGCUUCCCCGGGGAGGAAAGUGAUGGCGCUGCCCAGCCCCCUCCACUGCCUCCUGUCUUUCCUUGGGGGGUGGGGGAGGCUGUCUCCACCUGGCUUCCCUUAAAGAGCACAGGUGCUACCUCCCUCAGCCGCACCCCACAACCUGACCUUGGGUCUAUGCCAGGUCCAGGAAGGUCCUUGCUGGACACUUCCUGCUUGUCAUGGUGACCUGGCUGUGUGUAUUUUUUGUUGGUCAGAAAGUACGGGGCCUAAAAACCACAGCCUCUCUGGUGCCCACUGUCUCCCUUCUGUGACUCCUGCUGUGUCUCACCUGCCCUCCCAUCUCACCUCCCCAUGGUGGGCCUCUCUUUCCCAUCUAACUCUCUCCAGGCUUUCCCGACCCUCCUCAUCCAAGGCCCCUCACUUAUUCCACAUCCUGGGGCAGAGAAGAGAAGACUCUAGCAUAGCAGCCCCAGGCUCAUGGCCUCUCACCUAGUUACAUCAGCUGUGGGACCUCUUGUGGGCUCCCCGUCCCCCUCGGCUGAGCUUACUUACAUGCAGGGCAGCACUUUGAGGGUAGGGCCCCACUGCUGCCCUCCCAGGCCUGGACUGGAAGCUGGGGAUAGUGCCGAUAUUGAGGGCUGCCCCAGAAGACACAGCAAGCUCUGCAGUGGACAAAGGCGGUUCCUGCGUUAGCUAGUCAGGCAUUAUCUACAGCUGUUUCUGGCUCUGGCCACUGGUUGUGAGAUCGUAGAUGUCUCCCUCCCAUGCUGCCUUGCUGCCUCCUCUGAACACAGACACUCCAUCCACUGAAGCCACGCAGCCAUGGAGCCAGCCUCAUGGGGGAACCUGGGCAUGAUGAGCCAGGAGCCAUUGGUUAGCUAUACACCAUUAGAACACCAAUAUGAAGCUUUUGUGGAAAACCACCAACCCUCAGGAGGCUGAGGACUGUCACCAAUACCUCCCCAGUCUUCUGGGCUCACCCUUCAAGGCUGCCUGAGUCUGUCGGUGUCCAAAAAAUAAAAGGGAGGGGAGCGGUCUGUUAGAUCAGGGUGCUGUGGGACACUGGGAGCAUUAAAGGUUCUCAUCUUCUGCUGUUCAGAAAACCGUGAUGCCCUGAGGGACGGACAGCAGACAGCAGGCCCCUAGGAAGCCCAGAACAUUUGCUUCUCUGCUGCUUGGCUAGCCAAGGCCAGGCAGGCUGCUCCCUCUGAUGGUCCCUUCGGAGUGGGAGUGUGUAUAAAGGUCCAUGGCUUCAGUACGUCCAGGUGGUCUGGGGGGGGGAGGAUAUAAUACUCAAUGCAUUUGAGUGUAAAUGUAAAAGCUUUAAAUACGUAUAACCCUGCCCAAACCUGGACCUUGUUUAUCUAAUAUGUAUGUAGAAUGAACUUUGCAAAGAGGAGGAAUAUUAAUAAACCAAGAUUACAGGUUUCA